AUGUCUCCGCCGACUACAUACAAGGACGAGGAAGCGAAAGCAGACAUUUCCGGUCACGUGAAUGUCCUUGAUACCUCCAGUGACGACGUUAGCUUCACAGCUCUAGUUGCCGAAGAUCACCAACAUGAGAUUCAACUCAGAACGAUGUCAUGGCAGAAAGCCGCGUGGCUUCUUGCCGGAGACCAGUUAUGCCUGGCUAUCAUGGCUCAGUCGUGGUCACUCAGUGUAUUGGGAUGGGUUCCAGGGCUCAUCACCAUGGUUCUUGCUGGCCUGUUCUUCUGGAUUACAAGCACAACGAUGCAUGAAUAUAUCAUGAAAAAUCCUUCAAUUAAGGAUAUCUGUGAUUUCGGAUACCACAUCUUUGGGAAAAGCCGAAUUGCAUACGAGUUCAGCGGCUGCAUGCUGCUCGCAAACAACAUUCUUCUCAUUGGCUUCCACAUCCUCACCGGCGCAAAGGUCAUCAAUACUCUCUCCGACCAUUCACUCUGCACCGUCGACUUUUCCGUCAUCGUCACAAUCAUGGGGAUUGUCAUGUCUGUCCCACGGACACUCAAGCAUGUAUCUUUCAUGUCCAUGUUCUCGGCAGCUUGCAUGGGGAUUGCGAUCCUCCUCUUUCUUGUCUUCGCUGGCAUCGAACCGGCUCCUCUCUACGGCUAUAACGGAGACUAUCCUACCGCUGGACUGGUCAAGACUUACGCGUUUCCCCCUGCUGGCACGACCUGGGUCGCAUGCAUGAAUGCAGUUCUGAACAUCACUUUCCUCUGGGUCCCUCAAAUCCUUUUCCCAACCUUCAUAGCUGAAAUGGAGCACCCAGAAGAUUUUCCCAAGUCUCUUGCCGUUCUGACGGGCAUCUCGGCCAUUCUUUUCAUCGUCCCCCCAGCCAUUGGUUUCAGAUACCUCGGGCAGUACGCCACUGCGCCGGCGUUUGGUUCUCUCGGAGUCGUUGCAUACAAGAAAGCCUCGUUCGCGUUCGUGAUCGUCCCGACGCUCGUAAUCGGCGUCAUCUGUGACUAA